AUUGCAGAGAAUGUCGUUGCCUUUCCAUUUAUCCUCAAUUUGUUUUGUGAGGUCCACUCUUACUGUUUUCUACUGCCCUUUUUUUAAUUGAAUUUCUCAGUUUCUACCUUAAAAGAUCCUAACACGAGGAAAUAGGGCUUGAUUUUUCUCAUAUCAGGCCGUCCCACUCUCAGAAUUGUGCAUCUUUAUAUUUUAUAUAUAGAGAGAGAGACACACACCCGCCAUUUUAUUGUGUGAUCAUAAAUAUACGGAUUUCACAGUCGUCUUCUCCUUGUUCUCAUUCUUCCUGUCGUUUGUCCCUUGUCCUAUCCCUUACUUUCAACGACCUAUCUUUCUCUCCCUUUGUAUUUAAUCCAAGUAAUUGCUAAUGAAGCUGGAGCACAAGGACGAGGGGAUUGCCGAUGCAGGCAUGAAGAGGUAUAGGAAUGGUGAGAUUUGGGAUUUCGAGUACGAAAUGCCGUUGGCGGAUGGUGCCUCCGGCGUCGUUCUGGGUUUGGAUGGUGGCACCACCUCCACAGUUUGUAUUUGCAUGCCCAUAACUCCUUUUUCACACCCUCAAAUUGAAUCUCUUCCCAUCCUUGCUCGGGCUGUUGCCGGUUGCUCUAACCACAAUAGCGUGGGAGAAACUGCUGCAAGGGAAACAUUAGAGCAAGUUAUGGCAGAUGCACUUUCAAAGUGUGGCUCAAAACGAUCUUCAGUCCGAGCUGUUUGCUUGGCUGUUUCUGGUGUUAACCAUCCAACAGAUCAGCAGAGAAUUCUCACUUGGCUAAGAGAUAUAUUCCCAAGCCAUGUGAGGCUCUAUGUUCAGAAUGAUGCUGUGGCUGCUUUGGCAAGUGGGACAAUGGGCAAACUUCAUGGGUGUGUAUUAAUAGCUGGGACAGGGACCAUUGCAUAUGGAUUUACCGAAGAUGGCAAAGAAGCAAGGGCUGCAGGUGCAGGACCUGUCUUAGGUGACUGGGGCAGUGGAUAUGGAAUAGCUGCACAGGCAUUAACCGCUGUAAUCAAGGCAUAUGAUGGCCGUGGUCCAAGUACAAUGCUAACAAGUAGUAUUUUACAAAAACUCGGACUUUCUUCUCCUGAAGAAAUUAUCGGGUGGACCUAUGCAGAUCCCUCCUGGGCUCGUAUUGCAGCACUUGUCCCUGUUGUGGUGUCCUGUGCAGAGGCUGGAGAUGAGGUCACAAAUAAGAUCCUGCUGGGCUCUGUCCAAGAGCUGGCUUCAAGUGUGAAAGCCGUUGUAGAGAGACUUGGAUUAUGUGGCGAAGAUGGAAAGGGUGUUUUUCCCCUUGUUAUGGUUGGUGGUGUUCUUGAAGCAAAUAGGCGGUGGGAUAUAGGAAAAGAAGUCAUAAAAUGCAUCUCUAAGCACUUUCCCGGGGUACAGUCCAUUAGACCUCAGGUUGAGCCUGCAGUUGGUGCAGCGUGGCUAGCGUGGAAUUCUUUCAUGAAAGAAUUUCACAAGGAAAUAUGCAGAAGCUAACAAUGGAUGGAAUGAAUGGAGAAGAGGAAAGAAAACCAAAAAAAAAAAGAAGAAGGUGAUGUAUGACCACUCAAUAUUGUUGAUUGAUGAAGUAGAUAACAGUGCCAUAUUUAUGAUGAAAUAAACCGGCUUUGCAA